CCAACGCAAAAAACGAAAAAAAAAAAGAAAAGAAAAAAUAUUGAAAAUGGCCAAACUAUAAAAUUCAAAAACAAUUUUCGUUUUCUCAUUCUCACGGUUUAUCAAACCCUAAAUUUCUAAAUCUCCUCCCAAUCGAAUUUUGUAACAUCGCAAGGCAGGGUCUCAGGAUCUUACAUUGCAAUCAUGAGAUUCAAGAAAGGGAGCAAGGUGGAAGUACUGAACGAAAAGGAGGUGCCUUCAGGAGCAUGGCAGUGCGCUGUGAUUAUAUCAGGCAAUGGACACACUUACAGUGUUAGGUAUGAUUGGUCUCCUAACUGGGAAGGUCAGGCAGUUAUUGAGAGAGUCCUGCGGAAGGCUAUUAGGCCUUGUCCUCCGCCUCUUCAAGGUGCAGAUUGUUGGGCAGUCGGUGAUGUUGUUGAGGUCUUUGAUGUUGGUUUCUGGAAGAUGGCUAACAUAGUGAAGGUUUUUGAUGAAAACUAUUACUUGGCUAGGCUACUUGGAUCAUUUGAGGAGUUUAGAAUCCACAAAUCUAGGAUCAGGGUGCGUCAAGUUUUGAAAGAUGAGGAAUGGAUUGUGAUAGGAAAGGGUCUGGGAUCAGCUUACCACAAUCAUACGAGUUCUCCAGUCUCACGAAUGAAUUUAAGAAUAAAGCUGCCCAGUGGAAAUGAUUGUUUACCUCCGGAAAACAACAGUUGUGAGGAUUCCCAUAUUGUCUCCUCGGCAUCAUUAAAGAGACCUUCUCAAUGUUGCUCUCUUUAUACCGAAGCAUAUCCCCGAAAGAUAAGAGCUAUUGAGAAAGAAUCCGGGCGGCAACAAGUUUUCUCUAGCUCCCCAUCUUCCUUGCUUGAGAAGGUAGAUGCUGUUGCUUACCCAAGAGAAAAUCUGGCUGAAAAAUACGUGCACGCUUCCUUUAUUUGCCCUUCCACUCAAUAUUGUGAAAAUGAGAAGGGAAUUUUAAAUGGUGCCAAUUCAUAUUUUGAAAGAAGCUCGGAUGGUGUUUUUGAUAGUGAUGCAUGCUCUAUUGAAUCUGUUGGUAGUUGUAGUGUUAUUAGUAACAGUUCAAAUAAGUUGUCCGGGUAUAAUCUAGCAGGUCACAGUGAAGAUGAAGAUACCCUUUGUAGUGAUGCAGACUCUUUUUCUGGUGGCGCUGAUGUGCAAGAAUUUAAUUCCUUUCCUCUGAAAGGGGAUGUAACAGCAAGAGACUCUAGGUCGGAGUUGCAUGCUUAUCGCCGUACUCUGAUGUUAAUGCAUGCUUCAGGUUCUUUAAGUUGGGAACAAGAAGAUUUAUUGACAAACCUCCGUAUGUCCUUACACAUUUCCAAUGAUGAACAUUUGAUGGAAGUUCUUAAAUGUGGUUCAGUUUGGGUCUGCUGGGAAUUGUUGACACAUCUUGUGCCAAAGCAGAAGAGAACUGAAAAGGUUCCAAUACAAACUUCAUACAGUUUAGCUGGUUUUCUUUUAGUGAUAUGUCUUUGUAUUUCCUUCAUCAUUGCAUUGUUUUAUUUGACAUACUUUUCAAAUUAAAAUGCUGAAAAUCACUUUUCUUUCUCUUCCCUUUUUUUUUUUGUUUUACUUUUCUGAGUAUUUUAUUUGAUAGAUGGGGUGUUCUGAAUCUUCGAGCUUGAAGGUAUUUUGGAACAAACUUUGAUCUUUACAUUCAGUUUUGAGUUACAAACUAGAACUUUGUCCCUGUUGAUUGUAAGAGAGUUGUGAUAUUAGAAGGGUCUUAUCAAAACAGCUUUGGGAUAUCCAAGACUCAAAUUGAAACUGUUGUGAAAUAUAAUAUUUAGAAUUGCAUCAGGAUUUUCCGAUGAAUUAUUAAAAGCAAUUUUUAAGUAGAUCGUUUAUAAGAAAAUCACGAUAAUUUUCGAUGUUUAUGAAAUUAUUGUGGAACUUUUUUUUAAUAGAUUUUUUACCUGUUAUGAUACUGUCAGUGCCAAUAGUUCAAUAUGAAAAAGAAUGUGUCAUUGGCCAACCAAAGUGUUGCUAGAGGAAGGGGAGGAAUGAUUGCUGGCCUUGCAGCUCAGUAAAAUGAUUGGUAAUUCAAUUCAACCAAGCCUUCGUCACUACUGCAUAAUAUUAUUUGAUUCAAGGUAAAGCACGAAAUCCGUUGAAUUUUGUUAUCAAUCCUUGGUUAAGUUUACAAAAUGACAAUAUGUGAUGUUCCCUGUGUGAGAGGUUGGUCUUGUACAUCCCAUAUUGUGCAUCCUGUUGGAUUUUGGCAUGCUUAUGAACUGAAUAAAGAGGUUAAAAGAGGUUACAAGCAACUGCUUUGCAUGGCAGUCCCAAGUAUUAACAGAUUGCCCCCAAAUACCUGGGAGUGGGAGAGUAUGGCAUGUCUCAGCUGCCUUGAUAGGUGCUAUGAUAGACUUGUAAGUCAGCUGCCAUGUAAAGUCUCUGAUGCAUCUCUAUUCUCUUUAUGUGUCUGAGGUGUCAUGGUUGUUCAUUUUGGUAUAUGUAUUGAACAUAUGAGGUUAUGAGUGACAUAAUUUUGUUGGUCUUCUUUUCCCAAAAAUAUUCCACUGUAUGUGGAUUGCUAACUAAGACUCACAUCUGUUCAGAAUUUUCUUUCACCCUAUGAAAUUUUGAUUAUGCAAGAAAUCCAAUGUCAUAUGUUUUAGUUGAGUCUGGGCCCUGUUAUUUAGAGCCUAUCCAACUUUCCUUUGCUGUGCCUCAGUCUACAUGGUAUAUAUGAUACAAAAUCGUCUUGUUUCAGUAGUUGCUCAAAACUGAAUGUUAGAGUUGACACUUGCAUGGGGUUAUGGAUCUUUGAUGGACCAUGUUGUUUAACCACUUCUUUAACCGAACUUUUUUUAUGGAAAUGAUUAAUUCUGCUAAUAUCAUACUUAUUUACCCUUUGAGGCUCAGGCUGCUGUAAAGUUUUGGAACAUGCAUCUGUGCAUAAAUUCAAAUUUCAGUUAUUUCAUCUUUAUACAUGUUUAACCAUGACCAAUAGUUUGCAUGUAUUUUGCAUAUUUUGUGAUUUAGAUUGAAAUUCAGAGUUCUGUUGUUUCCCCUUUCACCACCUUGGACUAUUAUCAUUUGAAAAGUGAAGUGCAAGGUUAUUUAUUUGAUAGAAGAAUAAACACGAGAGAGAUGAUAAACAUCACAGAGGAGUAUUUAUUCCAUAAUACAAUUGGAACUUCUGGUUAUUCUGGUGUUCAACUUCUUGCUUUUCAGAAUUUUUUAUCAUAAAACAUUCAGACCGGUUAUUCUGGUGUGCAACUCUUUCUCUGUUUAAAAUACAAGAUUGGCGAAACAAUUGCAUUGUAAAGGGGGCAAAUGUCUGUCUCAAUGUAUUUAGUGUUUCUUUAACUUAAGCAGGAACAAGACGUGGAAAGUGAAGAGCAUAAAGAGGCCAACGUAAGUACUGGACUAUGUAAUUGGGAGUAACAACUAUCCAACUCGGUAAAGAACUAUCUAACUGAGGCAAAUUCUUGACGAAAAGAGGUUGAAGUUCAUUUUGUUCCUUGUUUUGAAGAACUGAGAUUUCGUUCCUUUGAAUUGUUCAUAUGUUUAGGUGUAAAUACUAGAUAAUACACUUCAAUGUUUGAAUGAAUUGCUUGAUAUUGCUGAUUCAGAUUAAUAUUUUUUUUCUUUUUGGCAA